AUGGGGGACCGAAGUCGCAGUCGUGACCGCGGCGACAACAAGCGCAAGGACAGUCGGAGCCGUUCACGCAAGAAGGACAGCAGAAGUCGGAGCAGAUCCGAGCAGGCUAGACCGAAAAGACCUGAUGACUAUGGCGUCGACACAAUGAAAAUUACUGAUGAUGAUGCCGCCUUUAUCCUGGGCAAAGGUGGCAAAACAAAGGAGAAGAUUGCCAGAGUUUCUGGCGCAGAAAUAGAGCUCUUUGAACGAGAUUUGGUGUUGGAGAUCCGCGGCUCCAAGAAAGAGCGUCGUCGGGCUAAAAAAUAUGCCGAAGGUGUCAUGGCGCAAAGAACUGGGCCUGUGACCGUUAACGAGGAGUACGAUGACGGUGACUUGACAAUGCUGCGGGUUCCACAAGAAGCAGUGGGCUUCGUUACGGGGCGAGCUGGAAAUUUCCUGCGCACCAUUGAAGAAGAAUGGGGAACCUUGAUGUUCUUCGUGGAAGUGGAAAGCUCCCGAUCGCGCAGCAAGGAGUACGAAAAGCUAGCAAUCUUCGGGAAUGUGAAAGCACGACGGGGCGCCGAACUGAAGGUGCUCAGCGCCGUGGAGACGAAAGUCCCCGGCUACUUCGACAAGAUCCGUGAUGACGUGGUGCCUCGAGACCGUGGUGCUGACUAUGAAGACGGCACAUGGGGCACUGACACCAUGACGUUUCAAGAUGACGAGCUAUCUUAUGCUCUAGGAAAGCAGGGUGGCACCCGCAAGAAGAUCGAGCGAUCGUCGGGUGCCAUCGUGCAGUAUGUGGGGCAGAAUGCGCUAUUCUCCGGCUGCAAAGCAGAGCGCAAGCGGGCCAAGGAGUACAUGAAGUGGCUCUUUGACCAGUUGGAAGGUCCGGUCUACGUCCAUGGAUGGGAAGAUCGCGACGACAUUACCGUUGUGGACGUACCGCAGGAUUGCAUCGGAUACGUCACCGGUAACCGAAGAGCUGCGUUGGGCGGCAUCGAGGAGGAGUGGGGCACCCUGAUGUUCUUCAUGAACAAGGAUGGCGGCAGCACCAAAGGGCGAGGCCGCGGUGGCUCAGAGCAGCUGGCGAUCUUCGGCAGCGAACGCUCGCGGCGUGGCGCAGAGCUCAAGGUCAUGAGCGCAGUGGAGACGAAAGCUCCUGGCACCUUUACCCGGGGCAUUCGGGAGAAGUUCAGUGACGAGAAGGGCUUCGCCACAGACCGCAUGAUCUUCAGGGACGAUGAGCUGAGCUAUGCGCUAGGCAAGGAGGGUUCCACCAGGAAGAAGUUGGCCUUCGCAGCCAAUGUGAUCCUGGAGUAUGUCGGGCACGUGUGCUUCAUGGCUGGGACGCUGAAGGAGCGCAGGCGCGUGAAGCAGUUCAUUGACUGGCUGCUGGCCCAGCGUCGUGGAAGUGUCACGGUCAAGGACGUGUCCGACCGUGAUGAUUGCACAGAGAUGCACAUCCCGGAGAACUGCAAGGGCUGGGUCACUGGGCUCGGAGCCCUAAGUUUGUUCAUGCACCUCUGCUAUGGACCAUGGCGUUCCCACUGGCAAUGCGAGCCAGAUGUUCUUUCAAUCACUCUUUCUCGAUGCAUACACUGCGUAGGUGAAGUACAGGCUGCUUCUGAUGCUCCCCCACUCAGCCAUCUCGGCUUCGGCCCAUGGUCGGGAUAA